GAGCGGAAAAUAAUUGAGGACACUGUGGUUCCAUUUACUAUUUCUUCAAGUUCUGCAGACCAGCUCUCUACAUCUUCCUCCGUGACAGAAGGCAGUGGGACAGUGAAUAAGAUGGACUUGGAAAACUGUUGCGAGGGAGAACAAGAGACAAGACAGAAGAGACCAGUCCAGGAGGGUAACAGUGACUCCCUGCUGAAGACUAGGGGAGGCGAUCCACUGGAGGAGAAGGGCAGCAGCCUAACUCAAGGGGUCGUGACUCACUCUGAGAACCCUGCCCCAGAAGGCAUCUCGCUGCAGCUGGAUACAGAAGCUGGGGCCCCACACCAUGGGGUGAACCCACAGCGCGCUCAGGAUCCAUCCCAGAAUCAGCAGGUAUCAAACCCACCGAUGCACAUUUUAGAAGAUGUGAAGCCAAAAACCCUUCCAUUGGACAAAAGCAUUAACCAUCAGAUUGAGUCUCCAGGUGAAAGGCGGAAGUGA